AUGCUCCCCGUGUUUCGCCUUCCGGAGGUUAGCAAGAAUCCGGCGGGAGGGUUCGUGAGACGCCUACCUCGAGAAGAGACCGAGCGCGAGCGGGAGUGCCGCGUCAAAGAGGCGGAGGAGCUAGACAAAAUGAAGACAGCGCUAGGGCUGACGGACAGAGAGCUCGAAGCCCUGGAAGCCGAGCUGUUACUCGGAAAGCACCGAGGAGGGAAGGACCCGGCAGUGUCGAGGCCGCUGAAUGACUUCAGCAAUCGUGGCAGUCUAGACCUAGAGAAGGAUCCCCAAGAACUGCUGUACGGCCCAGACUCGGCUAUUAUAGCCAAGCAGCAGCUGCAGCCGCCGCCGCCGCAAGACACGUUGUCAACUUUCUCCCGCGGGGGCAAGCGAAGACGGGGCGGUGGCGGCCGGCGGUCAGCCACCAGGCCAGCACGGCACAGAAGCAGCUUGUCACCAACCGGCGACGGCACCGCUGUCUUGGACCUUCCUACUCCAAGAGUGCUACGGCAAACGCCUCACUCCACCCUCGGGGCCGUGCUCGCCGCAUCAGUCGCUCUGUCGGGAAGACGCACCGGCGAAGGGAAAAAGACGGGGGCGUGGACGUCGACAGGCGACCUUGGUGGUGGAAUUGCUUCGGGAUCUAUCCUCGGCACGACCGUGUCGACUGAGCAACUCGUCGUGGCGGCUGCAGACGCGGGCAUGGUCAAUCUUUUGGAGCUCCGGAGGGAGCUAGGGCGCAGCGUUGGACAGGUGCGGUGUCUCGCGAGGGCAGUCAAGCUUGACGUUCAAGAAGUCACGCGCCUUUGCCCGGUGCAGCACCCACGCGCGGUGCGCUUCCUCCGCCGGUGGGCGUGCGAACGGCUCGCCAUACUCGCGGACGAGAUUCUCGUCUCUCGCGCCGCCGCCGCCCUGGAACGCUGGCGAAGAGCGUCGGCCGCAAUUGCUAUGGCAGAGCGCAAGGAGGCCUACCUCCGGUACCAGGGGACUAGCAAGCUGCUGUUUUCAUUGGACAAGGCGUACCUGCGCCGGCUGGCCAAAGGUUGGGUCCAGUGGGGAGCCUUCGUGGAGGCCGAGCGCGCGAGGGAGCGCCGCCUCCUGGAGUAUUCGGCCGCAAUUUUGAUCCGGCGGGCAGUGCGAGGCUUCCAGGCGCGGCGCUUGCGCGCCUGGCUGAAGAAAGUGGCCCAAGACAAACAGCGCCACCUGGCUGCGGUCAUGAUCACGCGAUACGCAAAGGGCAAGGUGGCGAGGGUGCGGUAUGCGCGCCUCAAGGCCGGGAUCGAGAGAGCAAGAGCCGGGGAGUUGCUGAGGCGCGUAGGGCGCGGGAUGAUUGGCAGGAGGAAGACCAAGAGGUUGAGAGAAGACAGGGCGCGCUGGAAGGUAUCACUGAGCCUGCAGAGACUGCACCGUGGAAGAGUCGGCCGGCGACUGUUCUUGUCCAUCACCAAGGCCAGAAGGGAGCGCCUCGCGGCGACGAAGAUACAAGCGAUCACCCGGGGAAAGUGGGGCAGGCAACAGGCCGGAAGCCUUGUCCGAAGGAUCCGCGAGGACGCUGCGGCGCAACAGAUCCAGCGUGCCGCGCGGGCAUGGCUAGCUCGGCAACUCGUGCGGAGGUUGCGCGAAGAGGAGCAAAGGUUGCGUGCCAUCCGCUCGAUCGCGACGCUCAACAUCCAGAGGGUUUACCGCGGACACAGGACGAGGGUGCUGCACGGGGCAAGGCUGGAGAUGAGGCGGUCGCGCCUGCGAGGGGAAGACGCGGCCGCGACGAAAAUUCAGGCCCUUGUGCGCGCGCACCUCUCGAAGCGAACCGUUGCCAAGUUGUCCAAGACGAGGAAGGAGAAGCGAAUCAGCGACGCCCGCCUCUGGACGGAGACGUGGAGCGAGGAUGCUCAGAUGUGGUUCUACCACAACGCUACGACAGGCAAGAGAACGAAUGCACGGCCACCCCAAAACAACCCUCGCACUGCUUAUUAUCUUGCAGGGGAAGCGUUGUGGGAGCCCCCCAGCACCGGCUACACGAAGCACGACGGGGCGCUGGUCCUCUCGUCGGGGGAGGUUGUAACGGAUCCGGAAGAAGGGAUGACGGAGGAAGAGCGGCUAGAGGCGAGGAAGCAAUCGAGCUGCGUGGAGUGCGAGCAGAAGAGGUCGACGAGGAAGUGCGACCAGUGCGGCGAUGGCUUCUGCACGAAGUGCUUCCGAAAGACGCACGCAACCGGCCGCCGAACCAAACACACCUGGACGCACGUGGGCCCCAUGGAGUGCGCCGAGUGCGAGGCGGAGGUUCGUACAGUUCGCCUCUCCCCCCCCUGCUUUCUCAAGGGCCGAAGGACAUCAACCUUUAACCGCCUCGCUUUGCUCUGCCAACCAACUGACCAGGUGGCCAUAAAGUGGUGCACUGCGUGCGACGACCCAUUCUGCGCACCCUGCUGGUCCGUCAUCCACUCCCGCGGGAAGCGUAGCCUGCACAGCCACUGCACCAUCUCCCCGGGGGGGCGCGUGUCCACCAAAGCCAUCGCUCCGGACGGCACGGACGCCGGCCCGUUCACUCCGGGGGAGAGCCUCGUGGCCGAAAUUACGGGCGCCGGCGCCGGCGAUGGUGCACUGGCGGAGCAAGGGUACGACGCGUCCGCUGCCGCGCCUCUUUUUGAGACGAAUCCGGCGCAGUCGGACUGCUGGCAGGAGUUCACCGACGACGCGGGCAACCCGUACUGGUACAACUCGGCGAGCGGCUCCUCUCAGUACGAGAACCCUCUGGGCGGCGGGCCGGUGUGGACCGGGGGAUCCAUUACCACGAAUAGCUCGACCGUCGAAAACGAUGUGAAUGAGGGCAGUCGGGCGGAGAAUAGUGGCUACUCCGACCCCGGUUCGAGAGCCAUGGUGACCGCGCACGGGUCGGUGGGGGAAUGGAGCGAGCAUGCGGACGACGAAGGGCAUGUGUACUACUACAACGCCGUUACGGGCGAGAGUCAGUACGAGUCCCCGUACUAG